CUCUGCUUCCUCUUUGAGAGAGACACUUGCAAAGCUGAUGCCUACAUUGAGAUGAAAUGAAAGAAAUGUCUUCAUCGGAUGUGGUUUUCCACUGAGUCGCUUCUUAAUUGGAACGAUCUGUGAGGCCGACUGAAGCGUUUGGCUCCUUCCUGGCUAGAUCAACAGCUUCUGCAGCCUCCAAUGUCCAACCCCUUGAAGCAGGUUUUCAGCAAGGACCGGACCUUCCGGCCCAAGAAGAAAUUUGAACCCGGGACGCUGCGUUUCGAACUGCACAAGAAGGCUCAGGCCUCGCUCAAUGCUGGCCUGGACCUGAAGUUGGCAGUCCAGCUGCCACCGGGCGAAGAGUUGAAUGACUGGGUGGCCGUCCAUGUGGUGGACUUCUUCAACCGGGUCAACCUCAUCUAUGGGACAGUCAGCGACCACUGCACGGAGCAGUCCUGCCCCAUCAUGUCCGGUGGCCCAAAGUACGAGUACCGGUGGCAGGACGAGAAGCACCGCAAGCCCAUUGCCCUCUCGGCCCCCAAGUAUGUGGGCCUCCUGAUGGACUGGAUCGAGGUCCAGAUCAACAACGAGGAGCUCUUCCCAACAAACGUUGGGACACCAUUCCCCAAGAGCUUCCUCCCGGCAGCAAAGAAGAUCCUCUCCCGCCUGUUCCGUGUCUUCGUCCACGUCUACAUCCACCACUUCGAGCGCAUUGCCCAGAUGGGCUCCGAGGCCCACGUCAACACCUGCUACAAGCACUUCUUCCAUUUCGUCAAGGAGUUCGGCCUCAUCGACACCAAAGAGCUGGAGCCACUGAAGGAAAUGACCUCACGGAUGUGCCAGUGACAUUGGAGACUUCCUGCCAUAUUAUGAGCCAGACUUUGGAGUGGGGUGUCUGCCUCUCUUUCCUGUCCAUCCCAUAGUAAAAUAA